AGAGGACGGAGCUGCGACACUGGCGAGGCGAAAGGCGCGACUACAGCCGACAAGAUGCGGUGAAAAGCUCCACUCCCCCUCCCCACCCUCACACACCUCCCAAGGCUUUUUUAUUUUAUUUCAUUUCAUUUUAUUUAUUUUUUAAAUACCACAGAGUGGCAGGGUAGACGGAAAUUAGAAAGGAGACGGGUCCAAGAUGAGUGCGGUCCAGGCUGGAGGCGGAGAGAGGGUGGACGGCGGCAGAGGGAGCCUCGCCGCCAAUAGCGGCGGCGUCAGCGGCUCCCCGAGGCUCCAUCAGCGCGUUCAGCCCCCCAACAGCGGCAGCCGGACGAAAGAGAGCAGGAAUCAACAGCAGCAGCAGAGGCAUCAUGGUGGGUCGAUGCUGAAGCAGCCAUCCCACAAUGAGCCAGCUGACGUCGUGAGGCGGGCGCUGGACUUUAAGAGCCAAGGCACUCAGUGCUACAAGGAUAAGAAAUACAGAGAGGCCAUCGGCAAGUACCACCGCGCUCUGCUGGAGAUCAAGGGGCUGUGCCGGGUGCUGGGGGACCCGGACCCCGGCCCCAGGUCCACGACCACCCUGCUGCCGACCAUCAGCAAGUCCAGCACGCUGACGGACGAGCAGAAGGGGGCGAUGGAGAACGCGGAGCUGGAGUGUUACAACAGCCUGGCCGCGUGCCUCUUGCAAAUGGAGCUGGUGAACUACGAGCGGGUGAAGGAGUACUGCCUGAAAGUGCUUCUCAAGGAAGGGAAGAACUUCAAAGCCCUUUACCGCUCUGGAGUGGCCUACUACCACCUGGGAGACUACCAGAAGGCCCUGUACUACCUGAAGGAGUCGCACAAACAGGAGCCAUCAGACACAAACGCCAUCCGCUACAUCCAGCUAACAGAGAUGAAGAUUCGGCGGAACGCCCAGAAAGAAAAGAAAGACGCGUCGUAAGCCGGCGCGUCGCCCGUCAUCAGCUGCAUUCCCACUGCGCGCCACGCGGACCUCAAAGCCCGCCGGAAGUCUUAUGGUGUGAAAUCAGAUCUGUUUAGCGGUUUCUUUGCUUUGCGCAGCCUACGGUUUGCCACUUGUUCAACUUUGUAGUGUGGGUUGUGUUUGUCGUGACGGAGGUUCGGAAUUUCGUUUAUUUAUAUAUAUAUAUUUUAUUUAUUUUUAGUUUUGUUCUUCAGAAAAAGAAACGACACCAAAUGUGUUUGACAAGAAUCUCUACAUGUUGCGCUCCGGCUCCUCUGAAGCGACGCACUGCCAGUCCAAAACGUUGCACUUUCCGGGCCGGAAACCGGAGCGACAAGUUCCGCUGUAAGUCGGCGCGCGCGCACACUCGCACACUCGAGACGGGCUUCUAAACCAACCUGCCUUCCUAAAAGUGAGCGACGACCACCCUCACACCUUACUGUUAUUUGCUUACCUUAAAAAAAAUGUAAUUCACAAAGCACACGGUUGUGGUACGACACCAGACGCAUAUGACACAUAUAUGUAAAUAGGCUGUUAUGUAAAAUCCCGUAGAAAUCUAAGUGAAAAGAAAACUGUAUGUCUUUAUUAAUGCCAGAAUGAAGCACAUCACUCAACAUUUAUUGUAUCUUAAAAUUCCUUAUGUGUAUGGUAAUAGUGUAUGUGUAAUAAACUUGUUUAAUAAUUA